ACUGAGAAAAUAUUCGUUGAUUCUAACCUUAAAAUAAGUGACAAAAAGUUUAUUUAAUACUACUUCCAAUUAUAUUGAGAAUGUUUCCCACUAGUACGCAAUGUAAAUACUGGAUGUUCAGUAAUGAAGAAGAAAUUAAUAGACUCAGGGAAAAGGCGAAUGCCAAACAUAUCCAGAUUUAUGGAAGACAAGCACCACCUGAUAUACCUAAAUUUGAAUAUUUUCUCACUCCAGAAGAAGAAAAAAUUAUGGUUAAGCGAUAUGAAUUACAUUUGAGAGAUUUUUGCAAGAGGUUUCAACCACCUAUGCCAAGAUAUGUAAUUGGAACCUCUUUCCAUUAUUUCAAACGUUUUUAUAUACAUAAUUCUGUAAUGAAUUAUCAUCCUAAAGAAGUAAUGGUAACUUGUAUAUAUUUAGCUUGUAAAGUAGAAGAAUUCAACGUAUCAAUACAACAAUUUGUAGCUAAUAUAAAAGGUGAUAGAGACAAAGCCACUGAUAUUAUUUUAAAUAAUGAAUUAUUACUGAUGGAACAGCUGAAUUUCCAUUUGUCUAUACAUAAUCCUUAUAGACCUGUUGAAGGACUGUUAAUUGAUAUUAAGACAAGAACCAAUCUUCAUGAUCCUGAAAGAUUAAGAUCCGGUACUGAACACUUUUUAGAAAGAACUCUUUUAACAGAUGCCGUUUUGUUGUAUUCUCCUAGUCAAGUAGCCCUAGCUGCUGUGUUACAUGCUGCAUCUAAACUUCAAGAAAAUUUGGAUUCUUAUGUCACAGAUACUUUGUUUGGAGUAGACCAAAGAGAUAGAUUACAUGAACUCAUCGAAGCUGUUAGAGCUAUACGUUCGAUGGUCAAGAUGACUGACACCGUACAAGGCAAAAAUCAACAAAAAUUGUUGGAUAAAAAACUUGAUCGUUGUAGGAAUCCAGAAAAUAAUCCAGAUAGUGAGAUAUAUAAAAAACGUAUGCAAGCAUUGUUAGAUGAAGACGAUGAAGGGUAUCAAGCAAUUUCAGCACAAAAUAUGACAAUGGAUAGUUCUGCUUUAAAUAUGUCUAUAACAGGAUCUCCGGGAGUACCAUAAUAUGCAGUAUUCCAUAACUGAUAAACUCAAUAAUGAACCAUUAUUACAUUUUCUGAGAGAAUAUAAUACAAUUUUCUAUUCAUUUAAA